ACGUGGAGCUCGCGUCCACCCUCCCAGUUCUCAACCCCCAGGGGCCGUCUCAGCCUAUACGACGUGUGCGCGCGUGAUCUCCAGUCCUUCGCCCCCUACAUCGCGUCGGAACCGCUGCCACAGCGCUCAAAUUGACGUCAAGACGAGCAUCUAAGUCAUGUUCGGCCGCUUCUUUAAGAACAAGGAAGACGGGAAGAGCGGCCCCCCAGGCCAUCAACGCCAGGGCCCUGCAGCCGACGAGCCCCCCGCCGGUGGAGGUUUCUUCAAUCUACCGCCUCCAGUGUCCAAGCCUUAUAAUGGCCAGAGUUCUACCGUCCCCAGUAACCCCGUGGGAGGAAACGCAGCUACUGGAGGGUACCCUGCUCCCUCAGGUUACAGCUCCAGUGCCCAGGAGAAUAACUCCAUGACUGGAGCCCCAGCAGCUGCGCCUGCCCCCGACAUGUUCGGUGGCAUGUCGGUAAGGGCUCCUCCUGCCAACAACAAGGCUGGAAGGUAUCAGUCUCAGACUCAGAAUCAGACUCAGUAUGGAGGCUAUGGAGCUCAGCAGAGUUCGAUGCCGCCUACGCAGCCUGGUGGUAGUCUGUUUAGUGGUCUGGAUGUGGCCCCUAGUGCCCCAGCACCGUCAAUACCGGCACAUGAGGAGAAUGUGGCAGUGACGAUGCCGACGUAUGGAGAGCAACGGAAAUCCACCAGAAGCUCCGGUUCAUUCAACUACCUUGAUGUGGCAGGUUCAAAGACUUCAGACCCGUUGAAUUCCUCGCAGUAUUCCCGUACAAGUGCGACUAGCAGCACAGGAACGUCGGCAUCGAGAUCGAGCUCGAAGGUGGUGAAGAAGAAGAAGAAGAAAACGUUCCGUCCUGGCUUCGGUCGACAGCUGUCAGACGAGUCCGCAGCAGCGUUACAACGUGGAGACUUGAAGGAAGACGACGUCAUCCAGCAGCAUCGCGAAGGGCGACUCAUGUCGGACCGCUCGGACAGUUCACGGAGCUCCCGUAGUGCUACAAACCCUACAGAUUUGGCUCACUUGUUGCCUCCAGUGAAGUCAGGCUCUGUGUUACAGGGCCUCACGGUUCACAAGGGAAGUACCCCUUCCGGCGGCGUGCUAGCUGGCCUUACAGUCCACACAUCGGCGUCUCCUUCGCCGUCUCCAGCGAAGCCUGUGGACUCGGAGUCCGGCGGUAAUGGAGUUUUAUCAGGUCUAAGUAUCCACAAGACUCCAACCACUGAAGACGAUACGAACGAGUCUGCUCCGGUGGAAGAACCUCCUGCUCCUGAAGUGUACAAGAAACCAGCUCCUGUGGCACCUGCAGCCCCUCCGACCCCAGAGGAGCGGUUGUUUAACACUCUACGCGACUUCCACGAGAGCGCCGUGAGCUUCCGCCAGCUCACAGUGAAGCAAAAUGAAGAGGAGAACCGACUUCUGGAACGUAAGGCGCAGCUCGCGAACCAGUUGACGCAGUACGAAAUGGACUUACGGGACGUUGAAGCGCAGCAGCACCACGCGUGUGAAGUGGAAGACUUUGAGAAGGCAGACGCGUUGAAUGCGACUAUCAACAGUGUGCGGCACUGCAUUACGCUGACUGAGAGCGACGUACGCAAGAUGGACAGUGAGCUGGUCGCGUUUGUCAAGGCCAAGGAGAAGGCGUUCGCCAAUCAACUCAAGAGCACGCGUGGCACUUUACGCGAGCUUGAGAAGUUCCGUGAAGACCAGGAAUCCGAGCGUACCGUUGUGCGUAACGAGUACAAGUUGUACGAGUCGAACCAGACGGAGCAGCUGCAGUUCGAAGCUGAACGCAUCGACACGGAGAUGCACCACGUGUCUGUGAGUCUGGAGAACGUCGUUGCUGAGAAGUCCGAGAUCGAAGCCACUAUUGAAGGCCAGUGCAGCUCAGAGUUUGCCAUCCAGGCGCAGCUUAUGGAGGAGAAAAAGGCGGUGGAAGAAGAAGUGCGGGAGCUGGAGCGGAAGCUGAAGGAGAAGCUGGAGCGAGUCCAAGAGAUCCAGGCGUCUAUUGACACAGCACAGAGGGAUAUCGACACUGUUCGCGGCCGCUACUCUCGUCAGCUGAAGCGCAUUGCUGACCGUGAAGAAGGGAUUAAGAAGACGAAAGCUGAAGUUGAAUCAGACGGAGAACAUCUCGAGCAGCAGCGGUUGGAUUUCCAGGAUAAGUUGAAGCAGUACGCAGAGGACAUUUCAGUCAUUGGCAAACGCAUCGGCGCUGUGAAGAAGGAAAUGCGAGCUGCAGCGUUGCUGGCGAACGUGCUGGAGGUGCAGGAGACUCGUCGUGAGCAGUCUAUGAUCCGCAAGAAGCAGCAGACAGCGGAACUCAGUUCGUUGAAUGACGCGGCGGCGGUGGCGGAGCAGAGCUUCACGAUGCUCAGCAACCAGCACGAGGAGCUGGAGAAGUCCAUGUCUAUCCACCGGAACGCCAUCGCGUCAGCAGAAGCAAUGAUUCCACGCUUGGAGCAAGAGAAGAAGGGCGCUGCUGCUCAACGGAACUUCAAGGAGGCAGCUCGGAUCUCCAAGGACAUUAAGGCGCUGGAAAAGGAUCGCUCGACUGCAGAAGAAAUGGUGGAAGUGGUGGAGAUGGAGCUGCAGGAUCUGAAGGAACGAAUCGCUAAGCGUGAAGUGGAGUUUGAAGAGAAGAAGAAGGAGCUGAAGGAGAUGGAGAAACAUCUCGAAUUAGCGACGUUGCAAGAGCUCUGGAAGGAGGCCAAGCACUUGCGAACAGCUCUGCGGAAGAUCGAGAAGUGUAAGAGCGAGGGUGAGGCUGCAAACGAUGGGAUCGACUUCCGGUCGUCAGCGAUGCUGCUGGUCCAGGCCGAGUACGACGCGUGUAUGCUCCAAGUGGAGACUUUGGAGAAGAAAUAUGACGUCUCUGACCCCGCCAAGGACGAAGAAGUGGACGAUGACGACGACGAGUCCAUUGAUGGCGAAGAUAAUGAGGAGAGCGACCACGUGUCGAUUUCACGCUCGAGUUUGACAGGUAAAGCGACGGACAUUGAUGGAUCGGACGUGGAUGUGGAGGCUCUUGAAGAUAGCAGCUCUGCGCUAGAGGAGAUUGCUGCACAAUUGGUUGAGCUGGAAUCGCAGAUUGAGAAGGCUACAGAGAACGAGGACUACGACUUGGCAGCCAGACUUGACGAGAAGAUCGAAGACUUGAAGGAACGCCAGCAGGCUAUUGAGGCUUCGAUCUCUCAAGAGGUUCGUGAAACUGAGUCUGUUGAACAUGGUGAAGAAGAGGCCACCAAUCACGAUCACUUGGAAGAGGAAGAGGACGAUGCGGAGGUGGAAUACGCGCACGAGGAGAUGGUUAGUCCGGUCUGUGCUGUGCGAAGUCAGGACGAGUUGACGCAGUCGUUGGAGACGAUUCAGCUGCGAACUGUGAUGCUGGAGAAGCAGAUCAAGUUGGCGACCGAAAACGAGGACUAUGACACAGCCGCCGCUUAUGACGAGGAGCUGCAGUCUUUGCGAGAAGAGGAGAAGGACAUCUGUGCUCAACUGGGCUCUGCCGUCCCGACUGAUGUGACCGCUUCGAGCAUGUUCGGAGGACUCGACGUUAAGACCGACAGCCCUGCUGACGCCGCUGAAAGCCAGGAAUCAGAGCAUGAAUCACCAAAGGAGGAGAUUGCUGAGCCAGCGACAAGUGGAUCACUGUUCGGUGGACUUCAGAUGAGUAAUGGCCCAGCCACUGAGAGCCCAACGGAUAUUCCGACUACUGAGUUGGCUGUUGAUGCGGAGAAUGAAGUGGCCGAAGCUGAAGAAGCAGCCGCAAAAGCAGAAGUCCUGUCGCCUACGUCCUCGUCUGAUAUGAAGGACUCGUUCUUCGGCACUCCUGAGGUCUCGAAUCCCUACGCUAGUCUAGUUGCGCCGUCUGCGUCUGGAUCGCUGUUUGGUGGUCUACAAGUGAGUGGGAACUUCCAGGUUAGCUCCUCCUCGGUGUCUUCGCUUGAGAAGGCAGAUGAGGACAAGGACGAUGACGAUGUGGACACGAACGCUGCACCUGUUGACAGUGGGGACAUGUUUAAUGGUUUGCAGCUAAGUUCAGGCCCUGGCGACGUAGAGAAGGCACCGACGGAACCUGUUUCAGACGCUCCGGGGGACAUGUUCGGUGGUUUGCAGUUAUCUAGCAGCGCUGUUGGUACGAGUUCAUCAGAACCUGCCACUGAGACUGCCAGUGAUAUGUUUGGUGGACUGCAGCUUAGUAGCAGCGCAGUCUCUGCGUCUGUUUCGGCCCCAACAGAAGCAUCCAGUGACAUGUUCGGCGGUUUACAGCUCAGUGACAGCGCAGUGGCUGCAUCGACCGAGACUGAGGUGGACGCUGUAAAGGAGUCCGAUGACGACUCACCAAAGAACGAGGGAGAUGGCCGCAUGUCAAUCCACGAGCUGUCGGAGCACAAUGACAAGGACGCUGUAUCAGAGGCGCAACCGUAGACGCGUUUGUAUGGACACGUUGCUGUAUUGAUGUGCGCAAGAAAUCCCCCCAGUAGCCUCGGCAAAGAACUGGCAAAUAUACGAAGAUAAUAGGGAGUCAAUAGGGUGUCUACGUGAACUUACACAGUAACCAAGUUACACGCCUUUAUGCUGUUCCAGGAGAGAAGGUGACGCCGGCGUGACGAUCCCGAAUGUUCCUCCUCCUGGUGCUGGUGUGCCAAGUUCCAGUUGAAUAGCAGCAGCUAACGGUGUGUACACGGACGCUGGCGGCCUGUGUAGGAACUGCUGACACACUAACCCACUGGCCAAUGCGAUGAGGUUGAGCGUCA